UUACCUGAGAUAAAAAGGAUUACAUUUACCAAUAUCAAAUGAGGACCCGUCCCAAUCUAAAACUCAAAGGAAUGUGUUUGAUCAUCUCAUUUGAAUAGUACCCUCGUUUUUGUGAUGUGCCAAAGCUGAAUCAUCUUUUUCGACCGAUCAGAAUGAUGAAACAUUCCAUUUGAAUAGCUCCUUAGUUCGCAUACUUCAAACACGACUGUUCAUGUUUGUCAAUGAACUCUAAGCCUUUGCCAAACAGAAUGAAGUUCUCAUCAUAUUGGCUAUGAGUUAUGUUUGCGUGCACAUUGACUCUUCAAUCCUAUGAAGCCUUCAUACAAGAUCUACAGGACACUCUUGGUAAGGCCAAGGAGUAUCUGGAGGACAUGGCCCCCUAUCUCACCAAAGGCCUGAAGACAGUGCAAAAAAUUGAACAGAUCAUGGACUCUGCCAUAGCCGAAGAUUGCCCCUUUGAAUGUCCCCGGGGAAAGAUACCCAUUCCGAACCCCGGACAUGUUCAAACAGCGAAUGGAUGUGGAGCCCUUGAUAUGUUCUUUGAUGAUUCCGAAGAAUCUUGGAUCAAAUUGGAAAAGGAUUUUACCAAGUGUUGCAAUACGCAUGAUGAGUGUUACGACACAUGCAAUGAAGAUAAAGAUAUGUGCGACUUAACCUUCAAGAAAUGUCUGUACAAAGUUUGUCAAAUGAAGAAAUAUGCUUUUCUGGACGAAAAGGCUUGCAAGCUUAAGGCCAAAUUGGCAUAUCUGGCUGUGAUUGGUGUGGGAUGCCAGAUGUUUAAAGAUGCCCAAACAAAUGCUUGCCAAUGUGUCAGAGCCAGUGGUUCUCCAAGAGAUUAUGACCGACAAGAACUGUAACCCCAUGUAUACGAAUUUAAGAAUAUAUUUUCAUCAGUGUC